GGUAGUGGAUGGAUAGGUUGGGGGGGAAAUGAUGAAAUCUUUGGGAAUCCAGUCUCUCCAUAGUUGCAGUCUCCCAAACCCAUCAAAUUCCAGGCGCCAUAUCCAUUAACCCUCCUCAAAUGUUGCACACCAUCAACCUUCUCUCCUCCUCCAAUUUCCCUCUCUCUCUCUCUCUAACCCACAGUCUCCUUCUCUCUCCUCCGCCCUUCUCCACUCUCCACCGACCCAUUACCUCCCCCUCUGUUCUCCCCCUCCGAACUCAGCAAUGCUUCUGCUUCCCCCAAUUCUCUGAACUCUCCGCCGCCGCCGCCGCCGACGAUGGCCCAAUUGAACUCCCAUCCACCAUUUUUGCUACCACUGAUGACCCUUCUUCUAUCCAAGUCGCUACCAGUGUUCUCCUUACUGGGGCUAUCUCCGUCUUCCUCUUUCGCUCCCUUCGCCGCCGUGCCAAGCGGGUUAAAGAGCUGAAAUUCAGGUCUGCUGGAGUAAAGAAAUCUCUAAAGGAGGAAGCAAUGGAGAGCUUGAAAGCAAUUAGUACAGGUCCAAUUGAAUCAAAGUCUAAACCUUCACCCAUACAAACAUUCUUGGGAGCUAUAGCAGCCGGUGUUAUUGCAUUGAUCUUAUAUAAGUUCACCACUACCAUUGAAGCUGCUCUGAACCGACAGACUGUGUCCGAUAACUUCUCGGUUCGACAGCUGACGAUAACGAUAAGAACUAUCGUGAAUGGAAUAUGCUACCUCGCGACAUUUGUUUUCGGAAUCAAUGCUGUUGGUUUAUUCCUUUACUCUGGUCAGUUGGCAUUAAACUCUGUCAUGGAAGAAGGUUCUGAAGAUAAAGAACCUGCAACUAAAGGUGAUAAGCAAGUUAGCUCGCCGAACUCAACCGUUGAAACGACCCUCGAUGGCACCGAAUCAAGCAGCAGCAAAGAUGAUCAAAGUUGAAGUAACUUGCAGUGAUGGAAGAGAAUCCGCAUGGGUAAGAUUUUGGCUGUUUUGGUUGCCAUUUGUGAAUGCUAUCUGCUUUGAUUGAUAGUGCAUUUUUAGUAUCAUCUUCUUCAUUUUGAGUAGCUCUCUGUCAUCUGUGAUUAUUAUUAUAUGGGUAUAUACACAGAGAAAAUAUAGUCUAUGAUUAGGCAGCAAUCUGCACAAUAUAUUAAUGCUCUGCUGACACUAAACUAUGGAUGAACAAUGUAUUUUAGCAA